ACGAAAAUUGCAUUUGUUAAUUCCUUGGCAUUCUUAAUUCUUUUAUUUUAAGUUUUUAUUUCAUAUCGGACAGGAAUAUGAAUAGAGCUGCAGAAUUCAUGAACAGUUUGGUCGUACCUCGCUCGCUCAGAGGGGCUAUUAGAAACUAUAUUAUACAUCGACGAUCGGGUUAUCAAGAAAUCGGAGCAGAACCCGAUGCUAGUAUUUGGAUAAAACUCGUCAUUUAUCUGGGAACUGCAGUUGUCAUUGCAUUGUCAAUAGUCUCCUUCUGCAACGGUUAUGUGGUCAUCCCUGCUAUAACGAUGUCGGUGGUAGUGGCUUGUGCAGCAUUGUUUUGGUUCCGCAACAGCGCAAUAUGGGCAACACUAAUCGAAUGCUCAAGAAGAACCUUCUGCUUUCCUUGUAAUUAUUUUGCGAGACCACCUCCUCCAGAUGUGGAAGUCAGAUACGAAAGACGAUUGCAGAAGACGCUGUCCGAAAGGUCCACUGGAGAUCGAGCUGAUGCAGAGGUACAGACCGAACUUCACAUCUCAUCGGACGCAUCCUCCGUAUAUGAAGAUUGUGUCACAUUCGAUACAAAUUCCACAAAAAUGUCAAACAGCUUGCAAAGUUAAUUUGUUUAUCUUGAACUUUUACAUUUUACAUUGUUUAGGACGAUUUUAAGUAAAUUGAUGCGACUAUUGUAGUAGUUUUAAUAAAACAUUUUA